UGCAUUUAGGUCAAUAAAAAGCAUGGCUGAAAAACAAAACAAGGUUGCUGAAGAUGUGGUUGAAUAUUUCCUUUAUCCGUCUUUGUCUGAAUCGACAGACCGAGCGGAAUGUGUCAGAGAGCUUGAAGAAUGUUUAAAGAAUUAUAUGACCUCAUUGAGCACACUGCUCAUUGAUGUUAUUUGGCAAAAGGAAGGGUUUAAAUUGAAAUGUGUCCAAGAAUCUGGAAAUGUUCCAGGCCACCUGCAUGGGGAGACCUCUUUUGCAGAAAACGUAGAAGAUGAAUGGUUCAUUGUAUACCUGCUGUAUCAGCUGACCCAGAGAUUUCCCGGCCUCGUGGCCAGGGUACAUGACAGUGAUGAAGAAUUUCUGCUGAUAGAGGCAGCUGAUGCCCUCCCCAAGUGGCUUAACCCUGACACUGCAGAAAACAGGGUGUACAUCUACAAUGGAGAGCUCCACAUUAUUCCGGUCCCGCAAUCCCACACAGAUAAAACAAUAUUUCCACAAACUGUGAACAAUAUAGGGGAUGCGGUGGAUUGUAUCCGCAAGAAUCCUACCAAGACACGUGCAGCACCGAAUAUACAGGUUGCCAUCAACAACAGGAUUAACAAGUUUCCAGACCUGCUACAGGAUCACACACACUACACACACUGCUUCAUCCCGGCUCAGAUGGCAGCCAUUUUGGAUGAGCGUCCAGAUCUCCUUGCCCCUGCUGUCAGAGCCUUUUACUACAGGGACCCCAUGGAUUUAAAGUGCUGCAGAACAUUUACCUACUUUCGACCUGGCACAAGAAUCACACACAGGACCCGUAUGACGCGUUGCCUAUAUGCCCAGCUGGUCCACCAGACAUUCCAGCCUGAUAGGCGAAGUGGCUGGGUUCUUCCAGCAACCUCCAGCCCAAAGUUCCUGUCACAUGAUCUGGGCAUGAAAUUGGCCCAUGGUUUUGAGAUCCUAUGUCACAAGGCCGCUGGAAAUGAGGCUACCACUCCGACCAAUGACAACAUUCCAACAAAAAGUCACCGGUGGCAACAGUAUGUCCAGUCCCUACAGGAAAACAACUACUUUAGGGGUGAGCUGGAUGGGUCAGUGUUGUAUAAGAAACUGUUGGACAAUGCCUGGAAGUUCUACAAGGAAAAUAUGCUUUACUCACACAGAUCUGAGGAUCCUGGAAGCCAGAUCCACCAACUGCUGAAGUCAGUGCCUGUGGACGUUGAGGAAAGGCGCUUGGCUGAACACAACCUUCAACCACCCGAUGAUGAUUCCUGGUUAACACUGACCCCAGACUCACUAGAUGCCAUGUUACGAGAGCGGGGUGGUAACCUUGAUGAAGAUGGAGACGUGUUUGACCUUGGGAAGGUGGCAGACAGCAUGAAGUCAUUUGUAAAGAAAAUCUCCAGUGUAGAGGGAGCAGAGGUUCCAGGUGCUGAUGAUGAAGAUGAUGAUGCAGACAUUCAGUUUGAUGGCAGUGGCUUCAUCAACGCAAUGCAGGAAAUGUUUGAGUUUGAUGACGAUGCAAGUGUAUCAAGUUCUGACAUGAGUGAGUAUGGCUGGGAGGAUGACUCAGACAACGAAGGUCGGGGAAAAACCAAAAUCAAGCGGCCCCCAUCACUUGACAGGUACAUGGAUGUCAUGGACCGGGAACUCGCCAAGACUGAUGUUGGGAAAAGCUUUGAAAGGCAGAGCAAACCACAGGCAAAGAAAACCAUGAAGGAGCCAUCUGGAAACAAUUCCAAGCCACCAAAGGACAUAGAUGAGGAGGAUGAUGACUUCCAGCCAGUGGACAUCGACCUGAAUGCUGUGAAGAAUUUGUUGGAGUCAUACGGUGCCCAGGAAGGACUUGCCGGCCCCACCUCCAACAUCCUGGGCAGCAUGGGGCUGGUUCUGCCCCCUAACUUGGACCACACACCCAACGGAACUACACCUACUAAUGAGAAUAUUGAAACUAUAAGUGCUCCAUCACCAGCUGAGGGGAACAAAGAUAAGCCCCAACCGCCCACAGUUCCCCCCAGGGUCAGGGAGAAAGGUAAGCCAGCUCCUCCACCCCGCCCGGUGGUCCCACCCCGAAAGGGGCAAUCAAGCCCUAAAUCCCAGGCAGCCAAACCACCACCAAGAGUUUCCCGUUCAAGAAUUGACAGCAAGGAAACAGAUGUCUAACAGUCUGCUUAUGAUGUUCAUUACCUAAUUAAAACAACGUUUUUAUAUUGUGAAUUAUAUGAUCUUUUUUUAAGCUUACUAGUACCUGUUUUUCAAAGACAAGAAGUCGAGGUAUUGUCAUGGCCUUGGCUUCCUGACACUUCAACCUUUGCAAUAUCUGAGAAACAUUCAAAAUAUUUCAACCUUUUGGACCUUCAACUUUAAUAAUUAUUGAGUUAUGCCAUUUUUUUGAGCGUUCACUCCACAGAGCUCUUGUUAAGGUAUCGUGAUGAGGUCAUAUUGCAUAAUAAUUAUCAUUCUCUCAAAAAUAUAGCACAUCUUGUACAGUUUUCUUUUUAGAAAUGUUUAUGCCUUCACUGUCAUAUGUCUCUGCUCCUUCUUCGUGAAAUUUUUCACAUUUUUUGUUUUAAUUUAAACAGAAGAUGUUCUCUCGCAAUAAUGAUCUGCAAUAUGCAAAUACUCUUUUUUAUAUAAUUAUGUUAAGCCUAGCUAUUGUAACAGUAAUUUCUAUCUACAGAUAUGUGUAGUUCCUUCUUUUAAUCAAACAAGAUUACCAUGCUUUAUUAUUGUUACCACAUUUUAUAUUGUAUCAGCUUAAGUAUACAUGUACAUCAUUUUUUUUAAAUAUUUACUUUUUAUACAUUGUUCAUUUCAAGCAUUGACUGGAUGUGACUUGUCCUUCAUGAAACUUAUCUAUAUGUAUGUUUUAAAUUGGAACUGACAUUUCUUUCUGCAAAAUAGAGAGUUAAAUAGAGAGUUUGAAGAAAUCUCUAAAGUGGUAGUGGACAUAAUUAUAAUGCCAAUAGUUUACUGCUUAAUUCCUGUAAAUAGCUUUUUACUGAUUGCUAAGAAAACUUUUCAAAUCAAUGUCAACGAAAAUUCAAUAUUUGGUACUGUAUAUGUAAUACAAUGAAUCAAGGGCUCAUCCCACUACAGAUUUAACUCCACAUAAAAAUUGAAAGAGUUAUGUCCUUUUUGCUUUGCACCAUUGAAUUGUGAUUUGAUUGAUCAAGCAUUGUUUAGACAAAAUGUUUAUACAUGUAUAUUGUAUAUGCUUAAAUUGUAAACAACAUUCCUCUAAAUGUAUUACCUAGUCAUAAUAUAGGAUUAAUAAACAGUGUUAAACCGUCCACGGAUUUGCACUAGAAUUGGUGAAUAUUUUAUUUAUAUUGUUAGCAUCUUUGUGACCUUAAAUACUCUCUCAGCCUGUGCUCAAUCAUUUUGUUUUGUUGACAACAUUGACCAUUCAAAACAUAUUUUGCUAGUGAACUAUAGUUUACAUGAUCAUUUUGAGACUUGAAAUGUUUUUAACUGAACAGUAAAAUAUGGUUUUGUGUGUAUCUGGAGUUGGUUUCUGGUCACAUUGAUCAGCUCUUCCUUUCAUGAUCGCAUUUCAUGUUCUAGUCCCAACUUCUUAUUUGCUAUACAACAUACUGCAAAGUGUGUUCAAUAAAACAUAGAUACUAGCAACAAUAUGAGAGAAAAAAGAAGUUGUAUCUCCUUUAAUAUGGCAAAGUUAUGUUUUAAUUCAUUUAUUAUUUUAGCUUGUUUGUUCAUCAAAGAGUCAUUGUCAUGCCUCAGUUCUGUCGGGUCGAAUGCGCUGUCAUUGUCAAGACUUAGUGCUUUCGGGUUGGCAGUGCUGUCAUUAUCAUGACUUAGUGCUGUCGGGUUGGCAGUGCUUUUAUUGUCUUGACUUAGAGCUGUCGGGUCGGCAGCACUUUCAUUAUCAUGACUAAGUGCUGUCAGGUCGGCAGUGCUCUCAUUGUCACGACUCAAGUGUUGUCGGGUCGGCAGUGCUCUCAUUGUCACGACUCAGUGCUGUCAGGUCAGAAGUGCUGUCAUUGUAGUGGAAAUUGUUUUGAAUUGGCCAUUACUCAAAAAGCUCAAGAUAUGCAAAAUUAAUGAAACUUAGUACAGAUGUUGCAAGAGUCAAUAUGCAUAUGUGUAUUAAGGCCCUGUCUUUUUUGAUUUGUCAAAUAAUGCCCCUUUUCUCCUAAAAGUAGCAGGCCAGCAUUUGCAUUUCCUUCUAGGCGCUUUUGACCUUGUGCCAUAACCUUCAUGUGUUCAGUUUAUCUCUUUUGUUUGAAUGUAGUUCAUUUAUUACAUUUUCUUAGCAUAAACAUGCCAUCAAACAUGUGUCUUCUAGGAGAGACAUAGUUUUUUAAAUCAUUAUUUAAUGCACUGAUUCUGAUCAACAAAAUAUUGUACAUCAGAAUGUUGAUAUCAUUGUAGGUUGUACUUUUACCGUCUUACAUGUGUCAAAGUGUUGUGGCUUGUAAUUGUAUUAAAGCAUUCAGUGUUGUGUCAAUGAAUGUUCAGGUUGACAUGCACCCCUGUAGAACCUGGCCCCAAUUUCUUGAAAAUACUUAAGCACUAUAUUAUACCCAAGCACCAAUAGGAAUCGCCUUGUCCUGUACGUCUGUUCUGAGACAUUGGGACAAUUCUACUUGUCUCAAUAGCUUCAUAUGUUUUUAGAUGUCGACUUCAAACUUGAUACACAUAUUUACUGUGUUGAGGAGAAUUGUUGCAUAUGGCAUUUUUAGAGUUAAUGCUUUUUGAUUAUUUGUACACUUGUUUUUUGCUUUUGUUUUCUUCGUUCCAUAGACGGCAUAUGUUUUUGAGGCAAUGACUUCAAACUUCAUACACAUAUUGACUGUGUUGAGAAGUGCUGUGCAAAAGAAUCAUUGUUUUGUGUAUGGUAAUUGCCCUUUGAUUAUAUUUUACUUCUCUCCAUAACUACAUGUUUUUGAGGUAUUGACUUCAACUGUACAAAAGACAUAUAAGGACCAUUAAAUUAUGCCUUAUCAUCGGCAUAGGGCAUCAAGGAGCAUACAUCACUCCCAGUGAUACUUCUUAUUACAAGUUGGUGUGGUUGGAAUAUUAAUCACAUCCACCGAUAGCUCUGGUUUCCAUUAGCCAACAACUAGAAAAGUAAAGAAAUUUUACCAAAACAAAAAUUGUGAGCUUAGCUUGAUACUCCAGCUUAAGUUUCUUUGAGAAAUUGUGGCCAGAUGUUAAACCUUUGCAGCACUAUUGGCUGCUCUGGAAAGCUAUAAAAUUUAAACAGUUGAUGCUGAAAUGUCCAUGAACACUAAUUUCAAACACUACAAUUCAGUAUUUGUCUGCAUUCACAAAACUAUGUGAUGUGGCUUAUACAGU